GCCACAAAUAGCAAAGAGUGAGCCCUGUCUUUUACCACAAUUUGGAAUGAGGGGGAGCAUACCUCGACCCCGACCGAGGAGGCAUGUGUGCGCAUUUAGACCGUUCGAUGUACAUCGUGGAAUUUCAAACCGUUACUUUACAAGAACGCUCCUCAACUAUCCAGUUGAAACGGAUCAAUGGUAUAAACUCCACUUGUUUUUUUUUCUUUACCCGAGGGAGUUUUAAUUUUAGGAACCAGUAGCCCUGUGUGUGAGACUGUAAUCCAGCCGUCCGCACGGAAAGGAAGUUCGGCUACUGUUGACUUUUUCCUCUUAGAGUAGCCUAACCCAAACCAGGUGAAGUCUCCCCCCGGUGCGCGGCCAGCGCUCGGAUAUAGUGGAAACCCUCUUUGUAGUCUGUAACCUAUUUCAGGGUCUGAAGUCUUGGCGAAGUUCUUCAUUUUUCUAACUUCAGUUUGGCUCUAUCUGUGUCUGACGGGAUGUUUUCAUGCGUUGUGCCUUUGGUUGUGGAUGGGAAUGGCAGUUUUCUGACAGCGCGCAGUAGCAGAGUCUGAUCUAUGAUGUUCUGCUUCUCGAGAAUGUUUUUAAUGAUCUGAGGGGCACUCUUCCCCAAAGGAAGCGAAAGGGGAAACUUUCCCCAUCUCUCUCGGAACUCCAGUGUUCAAGGAUGUGAUAGUUGGACUGUGGCUCACUGAUCUAACUUAAUUCUCAUGAAUAACGGAAUAACAACGUUGGGGAAAAGGUUUUGUUUGUUUGUGCCAGCUCAAAAUGAUCACUCGAGUUUGUCAUAGUGACGAUUCUUGGACACCGUGGACCCCCCUCUGAAAUACCAACCAGGUCAUAUUUGAAAGAUAAAAUGCGGCACAAUGUUUACAGGUCUUUGUGUAUUCCUGAAGUGCGUGUUUCUACAGAUAGCGCCGCUGCUCUGUGUUCCUUCUAUCCGGCGGGGAGAGCGGCCAGAGUGGUGUGAGGUCUGAGUGGGACGCGGAGAAGAAAUAGGCUAAAUAUCUUCCCUCAUGGUAUGCCUUUAUUCUUCUGCCAGCAAAGUUGGAAGUGAAACGGGAAUGUUUCUUCGGCGGCUCUGGACGCUCCGCCGCAGGUAUUGCUCCGGACGGUUAUUGCUCUUAGGGUUCGCGGCGUGUCUUUUCUACCAGACCCUGAUGGUGGCACGGAGUCGGUUCAAAGGCGACCCACCUGCGGCUGACGAACGCAACAAGUCAACGAUGACUGAAGCGUUGGAAGUAUUUGAUGAACUUCUGCAGGACCCUGCGAGGCUUAUUUCUACCCUGGAGGCUUUGGAGAGGGACAGAUAUGGGUCCAUUCAGAACCAGGCUGGGCGGGUCACACAAGCCGUGGUGUUGACGGGUCAGCACGUAGCCACGGAUACGGAGGUCCAGCUGUUCCAGCGGAUCCUGGAGCAGCGAGGCUACGAGGUCAGCCUGUCCCGAUACGCCGAGACCAACACCGCCCUGAGACACGACAACGGUGGCAGUGUGGAGUGGAGUUUGUUGGUGUGUCUGAGAGGUUCGGAGAAGAGUUGUCUGAGGAGAGUGUCCUUCUCCCAUCUGCAGCCCCAUCAGAGGGUCAACAUGAUACCUGGGCUGGUGGGGGCCUUCUCUGAUGUGGAUGGGCUCUGUCGCUUCCAGACAGAUAGCCGGCUAUCAGGGCUGGCAUUACACAUAAAUCCAUCUGCCUGUGGAUCGGCCCGCACCAAGCUGGGGAACCCAGCUAUUCCCACACUUAAUUUGGUGAGCCCUGGCCUCGUUGCCACGGUGACAGUUUAUGUCCUGGUCACCUCGGUAACGCCGCUCACAACCUUUCUUCAUCACACGGGCCUGGUCAGGACAAGCGAGGACACGGACAGCCACACCACACAGCUCAAGCCCUUUCUUCUCCAGCAGCUAGGUCCUGUUGCGUCCCAUGAGGCAUUGGACCAUGUGAAGGAGGUCAUAGGUCAGGUGUUGAGGGCGGCAGCAUUGACCAAUGAGGAGCCUAGCUCUCGGCACAGCUGGUGUCUCCUGUGUUUCCAGCUGAUGACAUUCACUCUUCAGUUCAGUGGUUCCCUUCUACCUGUCAUUGUGAAGGCUGAGACUGACCUGCACUUUGAUGGGCUGAGGGACCCAGGGUUUGACGGACAGAUCACAAAAGAGUUCAUCCUGGAAGAUGCUCUUCUCUUCCUGCUCCCAGCACACAGUGGACAGGCCAGACGGAAGAGCCCUUCACACACCGAGACAGACGAUGGACAGAGGUUUGGUGGCUGUGGGGGGCCAUACGGUCUCUGUCUGCCAGAACACCAGACUCUCCUCCUCCUCCAGUUCCUCCGUCAGCUGAGGACACCAGGGCCAUUUGAACUGCUUUAUCCUACAGCUUCUCCAGAGCGCUCUCCUAUCCAAGACAUUUUGUUUCGAUCGUUCCCUAGAGCAGAGGAGUCUGGGAGUGGGAGACAUUUCUCAGCAUUGUUGGACAGAAUCUGUUCUCAUUAUACAGAGCAGAGGAACCAGACUUACAGGACCAACGAGGCAGAGACAGAGACCAGGUGGGACCAACACUCAGGCUCCCAGGACCUCCCUGGAGACAGAGAGCGGUGUGUGGACCCCCACCUCAGACAACUGUACACAGACCCCCCUCUGACCCUCAGCCCCCCCUUCAGUCCCUGGGUGAAGGACUACCGUGCUGAGGUCCCCUUUGACGUAGUGACCCUACGCCUCCGCCCUGAGCCCAUCAGCCCAGCCUGUCACAUACACCUGGACGAGCACAGAGGACCUAGAACGGCUAACUACCCGGUCGGCCUGGGCAACAGCAUAAUCAACAUCCUAGUGACAGACGAGUCGGCCGCCACAGAGCCUGUCGUCAUGACAAUAUAUACUCUACACAUGUACCGCGAGAGUCGGCCUAGCCUGCCCAUGUUUGGGGAGCAUGUGAUGUGUGGCUUCGUGCAGGACUGUGGCCUGGUGGUGCAACCAGAUCAGCCCUGUGGUUUGGAGCCCCUUCCUGGGGCACUCUCUCCAGGCGAGCCCCGUUCCCCAAAGCGGCCCUGCACCUCCGGGGAUGUACCAGGUCGUUGGGUUGUUCCUUGUCUCAGCUGUGCCGACAACCGGACCUGUGACUGGAGAGAGGUUGCCUGGCAACCCGAGGGCUGUUACCACCCCUUGCUGGACCUCCCCCAGCUGCAGGACUGCAUGAUGUAUAGGAAGGUAAUGUUCAUAGGUGACUCCACUAACCGGGGGAUGAUGUACUUCCUGAUGGAGCGGGUCAACUCUAGUCUGGAGGACUGGGGCAAGGCCCACGACAGCCUGAUCUAUCGCAACGUCAAUCAGGGACACACACACGUCUCCUACUCCUACUACCCCCAGUUCUGGCUGGAGCAGAGCCACAGACCCACCUUCCAGAGGGCCCUGGAACAGCUCAUACUGAGAUCACGACCCCUGGAGAACUCCCGUCAGACUGUGCUGGUGGCAGGAGGUGUCCAGUGGCUCAACACCAACCACCUGAGGAUCAUGAGAGAAGUGCUGGGGAGGGAAGGGCUACAGGAUAUCAUGGUGGUGGUGAAGUCUCUGGGCAUGGGCUUCCAUCUCCCUGUGGACGGCAUCCGCUCUCUCUCACUGAGUGGAGUACAGGAGCUAUACAGAGAGAACAGCAACAUCGUCACCGCCGCAAAGCACCAUGGGUAUGAGGUCAUAGACACAUUCAGCGUCACCAUGGGCCGCUACAAAGAGUUCCUGCAGGGACAGUGCGCCUGCCAUUUUCAUGAGGUUGAAAAGCUGCCGUUCUCCAAGGCUCCCCAGCCCAGGAAGAUGAAGCUCCUUCGACACGGCGAGGAACCUGGAACCAGAACCAGUGGAACUGGAACCGGGUACAGUGAUCAGCCUACCCUGCAGCACCAGAACCAGUGGGCGGGGUCUAACUCCUCCACCUAUCAUGUGAGAGGAGCGGUGAACCAGGUGUACUCGCAGAUUCUGCUGAGCAGACUGUGUGUGAGAGACACAGGAAACUAGACCCAGCCCUCACCACCACAGACUGUGUGUGAGAGACACGGGACACUAGACCCAGCCCUCACCACCACAGACUGUGUGUGAGAGACACGGGACACUAGACCCAGCCCUCACCACCACAGACUGUGUGUGAGAGACACGGGAAACUAGACCCAGCCCUCACCACCACAGACUGUGUGUGAGAGACACGGGAAACUAGACCCAGCCCUCACCACCACAGACUGUGUGUGAGAGACACGGGAAACUAGACCCAGCCCUCACCACCACAGACUGUGUGUGAGAGACACGGGAAACUAGACCCAGCCCUCACCACCACAGACUGUGUGUGAGAGACACGGGACACUAGACCCAGCCCUCACCACCACAGACUGUUAUGUGAGAGACACGGGAAACUAGACCCAGCCCUCACCACCACAGACUGUGUGUGAGAGACACGGGAAACUAGACCCAGCCCUCACCACCACAGACUGUGUGUGAGAGACAUGGGAAACUAGACCCAGCCCUCACCACCACAGACUGUUAUGUGAGAGACACGGGAAACUAGACCCAGCCCUCACCACCACAGACUGUGUGUGUGCCUGCGUGCUUGUGUCCUUGCUUACUAAUGUGCGUGCGUGUGUGUGUGUGCGCGUAUCCAUACCAGCAUCUCUCUAAUGAAUGAGAGCUCAUCCCAUCCAGGAAGUGCUGAAGUAACAGGAGAGUCCUGACUGGUCAGCCGUGAGACAGACAUCACCACUGUCUGUCACACAGACCUCCUCUGAUUGGCCCACGCACUGCCCCCCGUCCCCCCUGUCCGUCAGUCAUGUGACUGCUACCUCUGCAAGGUAAAGGUUUCCAGAUGGUCGAAGAGGACGAUCGCUGGCCGACCGCCAAAAGACAAGGGACGCAGCUGGAGAAAGAAAAAAGAGGAGAGCGAGAGUGACUGUCGAAGGAGUGUGUCGUGUGCACAUCCCAAAUGUAAGCCUUGCUCUCCCACCAACCGACAAUGCUCCCUCAACGCUCCAGCACAAACCCUUACAAUUGUAUAGUUUUAUAGUUGUGGAAACGUUGUGGAAAUGUUGUACAGCAUUGUUUCCCAAUCCUUUCCUCGGGUACCCCCCGGCUAUUCCAUCUGUUUGAUAUAUUCCACAGCAGGCACACCUGAUUCAGAUUCAACUGGUCAACUAAUCAGGUGAGCUAGUUGAGGGCCACAACAACAUUAUGAAACGUCUGGGGGUCUCCAAGGGGAGGUUCAAAACUUUUGAUGUGUGCCUUUGAUGCCUUUAUGCAUCAGGAAAGCCUAUCUCUCACCAUUGGAGGGACUUCUGGGUAUCCAGCUAUUCCUCCUCAUAUACAGUACCUCAUCCAUCCGCGUGUCCUGUUGACAACACAACGUAUUAUAUUCUAUGCCAAAGAUAUGACGAAAGCUGAGCUAUUCUUCAAGUGAAUGUCUUAUGUAUGAUUUUCUUAUAUUUCUAUAUAUUUUUCUACAGAUGUUUAUUCGUGCCUAUAAUGUUGAUAAUCAGUGUAUAAUGUUUUACACGCAGCAUAUUGUUUACAUGCUAAUGAAGGACAGGUGUAAUGUAUGCUAUGGAUCUAUAUAUAUAUUGUCUGAUCUGUCCUCUGAUCAUUUGUAUGGAGAGAAAUGAGCUGGUGAAGAUGAAGGUAAUUGUAACACACACACGCGAGUGGAGACUACCUGCUUAGCUCUGUUUAGUGGUCCUAUGGAACAUUUAUAGCAAACCGAAUCAUUUGAUUCAGUGAUUUUGAAGGAAAACAGAAAGACAUAUUUGCUUAAUGCUAAAUAUUAUCAACACUAUCCAUUUAUUUUUAAAGAACUAUCUUCAAAUAGGGGUAUCUUCAAAUGGCACUAACUUCAGCUUUGUGUUUCCAGGUGGUAUAUAUAAGUUAUUCCAUGACAACAUUAAAGUAUAUAUUUUCUUAACUUAA